GCUGUUUGCACUUUGUUGCUUUAUAUUUCUUCCACCACAGCCAGAAGUGCAGAGCAGCCUCUGGAUGGCAGCUGAAGGAUCCGCCAGGUUACAUUGAUUUAGCCUGAUAAAGAUAUCUGGAGACCAUGACCAAGAAAAGAAUUGCUGUGAUUGGGGGAGGUGUGAGUGGCCUCUCCUCUAUCAAGUGCUGCCUGGAAGAAGGCUUGGAGCCAGUCUGCUUUGAAAGGACUGAUGACAUUGGAGGGCUCUGGAGGUUCCAGGAAAAUCCUGAAGAAGGAAGGGCCAGUAUUUACAAAUCGGUGAUCAUCAACACAUCUAAGGAGAUGAUGUGCUUCAGUGACUAUCCCAUCCCAGAUCAUUAUCCUAACUUCAUGCACAACUCCCAAGUCCUCGAGUAUUUCAAGAUGUAUGCCAAAGAAUUUGAUCUUCUAAAGUAUAUUCAAUUUAAGACCACUGUGUGCAGUGUGAAGAAGCGGCCUGAUUUCUCCACUUCAGGCCAAUGGGAGGUAAUCACAGAAUCUGAAGGGAAAAAGGAGGUAAACGUCUUUGAUGGAGUCAUGGUUUGCACUGGCCAUCAUACCAGUGCUCACUUACCCUUGGAAAGCUUUUCUGGAAUUGAGAAGUUCAAAGGACAGUACUUCCAUAGCCGAGACUAUAAGAAUCCAGAUAUUUUCACCGGAAAGAGAGUCAUUAUAAUUGGCAUUGGGAAUUCGGGAGGGGAUCUGGCUGUGGAAAUUUGCCACACAGCCAAGCAGGUUUUCCUCAGUACCAGGAGAGGGGCUUGGAUCCUGAAUCGUGUAGCAGACUUUGGAUAUCCUUUUGAUGUGUUAUUCUCUUCUCGAUAUAAAUACUUUCUUUCGAAGAUUUGUGGUCGAUCAUUAGUCAACAGUUUUUUGGAGAAAAAGUUGAACCAAAGGUUUGACCACGAAAUGUUUGGCCUAAAGCCGAAACACAGACCUCUGAGUCAACAUCCAACAGUGAAUGAUGACCUGCCAAAUCGUAUAAUCUCUGGCUUGGUAAAGGUGAAAGGAAACGUGACGGAAUUCACAGAAACAGCUGCCAUAUUUGAAGAUGGCUCCAGGGAGGACAACAUUGAUGCUGUUAUCUUUGCCACAGGCUAUAAUUUUGCCUUCCCUUUCCUUGAAGAUUCUGUCCAAGUAGUCAAAAACAAGAUAUCCCUAUAUAAAAAGGUCUUCCCUCCUAACCUGGAAAAGCCUACUCUUGCAAUCAUAGGCUUGAUCCAGCCCUUGGGUGCCAUUAUGCCCAUUUCAGAGCUGCAAGGACGCUGGGUCACUCAAGUAUUUAAAGGGCUAAAGACAUUGCCCUCACAAAGUGAAAUGAAUGCAGAUAUAGCUAAGGCUCAAGAGGAAAUUUCAAAAAGGUAUGUGGAGAGCCAACGUCAUACUAUUCAGGGAGACUAUAUAGAUACCAUGGAAGAGCUUGCUGAUCUGGUGGGCGUCAGGCCCAAUCUGCUGUCUCUGGCCUUCACUGACCCCAAAUUGGCAAUACAGCUAUUUUGGGGACCCUGCACUCCAAUCCACUAUCGUCUUCAAGGCCCUGGAAAAUGGGAUGGAGCCCGAAAAGCUAUUCUCACCACAGAAGAUCGUAUCAGGAAGCCAAUGAUGACUAGAGUAAUUGAAAGCAGAAAUUCCAUGACUUCCACAAUAACAAUGGCCAGGUUUAUGCUGGCUAUUGUUUUCUUUGCUAUAAUUAUGACCUACUGUUAGCUGUCCUAUUUGUCAUUGCCCUAGUUUUCUCUGGAAAACUGGAUCUACAGAUGCCUUAAGAAUCUGAUGCGAUUGAACAACUCUCAGCUUCACAUUGCCCAGGAAUCCCCUUUUAUUUCUUUUGCCAAAGCAUUAAUCCUCUGUCCUCAUUUCCCUACAGUGAGAUUCUAGUUUUUCAUUCAUAUUGAUUUCCCUCCUUUCCUUUUAUGACCCGCCACUUUUUCCUUUUAGUAAUCCCUGAACUGUGAACUUAGGUAUUUUUUUAGUCAUCUUUGUUUGUCCGUGGCCGAUUUCUUGACCUGUGGUAUGUGCUUAUAAAUGUUUGUUGUCAUUUAUCAAAUAUAACGGUGGGGAGCAUAAGUCAAUAUCUGUAUAAGAAAUGGAUGAUUCCAUGUAAUUCUGCAUCUGAUAGGAUUUGGCUUUCUUUUAGAAGCUCAAUCUUUUGUUUUUAAUAUAGUAACUAAAUGUAUAUCUCCUGAGAGAUAAGAGAAAUAAUAGUCUUGUAUGCAUCUAAGAGAAGAUAUAUAAACACGUAACCAUUUUAUUUCACUAACUAUUCACUAGUGUGCCUGAUACCUCAUCCUUUUUACUCUUUACCCUAAGUAACAUGUCAUUAUUUUUUCAAUGAGAAAACUAUCUUCAGCUUUCUAGGCUCAUGGGUCAUUUUAAUAAUCUAGCAUCUGCCAAUAGGUCCAACCUGGUUGAAAAAUUUGGGACGUUAAGUUAGCUGUCCCAUCUUCUUCUGGUCAUUUUGUUACCACAUUAGGAUCCAAUAAGACUUGUCUUAGAUCUGUAGCUGCCCUCUUUUAUAGUACAGCCUAUUGAUGUGAUUUGUCAUUCCUCACUUCUUCUUUCUCCUCUCUACUCCCUCACACACACAGAGUCUAAGUAGUACAUAUUCAAAGAAGUCAUUUAUGUAUUAAAACAGGAUUGAGGCUGCCUGGGUGGCUUAGUUAGUUGAGCGUCCUAAUUCUUAAUUUCGGCUCAGAUCAUGAUCUCAGGGUUGUCAGAUCCUGUGGCAGGCUCACAUGGUGGGUGUGAAGUCUCCUUAAGAUUCUCC